AUGGAUAGCCAUCUUAGUCCAGCGCAAAAUAAUACUUCGCGCCAACGUAGGAAGGGCGACACUUGCAUCGGAAAUGGGACACCGAAACUUUCCCUAGGAACUCGGAAUGGACAUGCGAGCUGGCCGACAGAGAAGCAUUAUCAUAAACGCAGAAAGUCUCGAUCUCUCCUGCGUCGGUCGUGGACUUUACCGCUGGUGCUCACGUUAGCGACCCUCCUUCUCUACGCUCCCAAUCCGACAAACUCUAACGUUAUUCAUCACUUUCUCUUUCUAUCUUACGAGGUAGAUGAUGUUGACGGCUCUCCACAGUACGGUAAAGGGCCGUGGGACCUCGCUUUCGUGGGUUUCUACACCAUACUCCUGUCCUUCACCCGCGAGUUCGUCAUGUACGAGGUACUACGCCCGCUGGCUCGAAUUUUCGGUAUUAAAUCGCGAGGCAAGCAAUUAAGGUUCAUGGAACAGAUGUAUAUAGUCUUCUAUAUCGCGUUCAUGGGGCCAUUCGGCAUGUACUGCAUGAAGCAGACUCCGGUGUGGUAUUUCAAUACGAGAGGCAUGUACGAAGGCUUCCCGCAUAAAACUCAUAACGCGAAUAUUAAGUUUUAUUACUUAUUUCAAGCCGCGUUUUGGGUACAACAGUCUCUAGUCAUGCUACUAGGCUUCGAACAGAGACGUAAGGACUUUCAGGAACUCGUCGGUCACCAUAUUGUAACCAUAGCCCUUAUUGGUCUAAGCUACAGGUUUCACUUCACGUAUAUGGGCAUUGCAGUCUAUACCACACACGAUAUUAGCGACUUUUUCCUAGCUUUAUCUAAGUCGUUGAACUAUAUCAAUAGCCCAUAUCAAGGACACUCGUUCGGGUUAUGUAUAAUUAUAUGGACUUAUUUACGGCAUUACAUCAACCUCCGCAUCAUAUACUCCCUAUUUAACGAAUACGGCACAAUCGGACCUUACGAACUAGACUGGGAAACCGAGCAAUACAAAUCUCCACUGUCAAAUAUCGUCACGUUUGUUCUACUAGCAUCACUUCAGGCCUUGAACCUAUUCUGGCUAUACUGCCUUCUACGUAACGCCUACAGGUUUGUCUUCUUGGGAAUCGCGAAGGAUGAUCGGUCAGAAGAUGAAGCGCCGGAAACUGACAACGAGGCACGCGGGAAGGCCCCUUCACUGGAUGGAAAUUUGAUAAAAGGCACUUCUUACUAG